CAUCAUCCUGCUGAUACCACCGCAUCACCACCAGCCAUGUCGAUCGUCAAUUACUUCUCCGUGACGUGCACGGCCGCUCCCAUCCCCGGUGACCAUCCGGCGCCGCCCAAGAAGGAUCCGCUCAAGUCGGUGGGAUCGAUCUCUUACGGCGGAGCAUCCACGGGCGCGGGCUCGGGGCUCCGCAGGUACUGGGGCGGCGAAGAAGAAGACCCUUUGACCUCCGACGGCUUCAUUUGGAACAAGGACUUCGUGGGUCGCUUCAAACGAAUGAUUCUGGACCCUCGUCCCGCUUCUCUUGAAUCGUCCCCCGCUAAGGAAGUGUCUGCUGGAUUCUUAAGUUUAAACAGAGUCAUGAAUCUUGACAGUCUAGAAGCUGACUUGAGCAAAGACCUCGGUCUUAUAUCAAAGAUGGAGUUGGAUCAGCUUGUUAGGCCACCUUCAAAAAGAAGUGGCAGUGAUUUGCCAAAAUGGAGAUUAGCACCAACACGCCGCGGACAAGAGAAGUGGGAUAGAGCAAGCAAGGCCGCAACUGGUGGCACUGAGGUGAUGUUUCGGGAAUUAAGGUGUCCUCAAGGUGACCCAAAGGUAUUGGCUGCUCAAUCCAAGGAGGAGUAUUCGAAGUUGAAGAGGAAGUUACAAAUCCUCACCCUAAGUAUCGGUGGCAUUGGUCUCAUCUCAGCUUAUGUCUCUUACACCCUGGAAACUGCAGCUAGUUUUGGCGUCGGGUUGCUUGGUUCCUUGAUUUAUGUACGUAUGCUUGGCAAGAGUGUUGAUUCCAUGGCAGAUGGGGCUAAGGGGCUAAUCAAGGGAUCAAUUGGGCAGCCAAGGCUGUUGGUGCCUGUAGCUCUUGUCAUGAUCUUUAAUCGGUGGAAUGAGAUCCUUGUUCCAGAUUUUGGGUAUAUGCACUUAGAAUUAAUACCAAUGUUGGUUGGAUUUUUCACUUCUAAGAUUGCCACCUUCAUUCAAGCUAUAGAGGUCGCGAUUUCACCCACCAGAUAGAAGACCCCACAUCAAGAUGAAAUUUCCCAUGUAAGCCGGAUUUAUCUAUUUCUUUUGGGUGCCUCUGGCCAUAGGUACGUUACUUGAUCUACACCAUAGCCAUGUACUUGAGUUUACCUGAACACUCUCCGAUUUGCAACUUUUCUCUGGGUUUAUCUUGGACUCCAGAACUUUCUGUUAUUAGCACUUUUUGAUUGUAUGAAUAAAUUGUGCCUGGAUUUCCUUGCAUUUUGUUCCUUCAUCGAUUAAAUUCCCAUCGUUUCAUCUUUGAAAGUGACAUUUUCCCCCACAAAACAAUUCAUCAGAGUGGACUGUCGAAGUGCCACAAUAAUUUCAACUCUCUGUCUCUCUCAUGACAGGCUCCCACACCUUGAUAUUUGCAGGUUUUUCACAGAGAAAUUUGACCCACGAGCACAGACUAAUUUGUUGUAAUUGCACAAUGUGUAGCAUUAACCGCAAUCAGUUGCCAAUCAAAGAGGAAUAUGAAUUUGAGAUAUGAGUGUAUCUCAUCGCUAAAGUGAAUGUUUGGAUAUGGUUGGGGAUCAUAGUUUCUUGAAAAUAUUCGUGUUUUGAGCAUGUAAGCGGUAACCUUCCGCGCAUUAGUGUAUCUAAUCAAGAAUAUGUACAUGCUCAUCCUUUGGUCUCCCUUUUGCAGGUCGAUAUCGAUGAGGUUUUCUUUUUGCGAGCGGUUCAGCAGUAGCAAUGCUUAUACACUAUGGAGGUUGGAGGCUUGUUUUGUGUAUUGUAAUAGUGUUGUUUUCCAGGGAAUCUCUUGAAAAGGCCAUUAUGAACUCGGGGAUCACUUGCUUUUUAGUUGUGCUAGAAUGCUGUUUUCUCUCUGUUUGCCUUAAUAAUAAGGCAAUGACUGGCCCAAACAAAAUUUAAGCUGAUGAAAGAUUAGUUUUCUCUGACUUGGACAA